AUGAAAGCACAGUUUAUAAAGAAGUGUCAGUUACCGAGCUGUGACGAAGAGACAGACAAUCCAGUUGUCGUCACAGAAUCGCAUCGUUGUGACGACUACAAUGUAGCCCAGGAAUUAAAAGUGUGUUUAGCAACAGUACUGGGCUACAAUACUAACAUCGCAACUAACGAUGAAACGCAGCCUUGUGACGCUGAAAAACCAAAAAGAACUGUCAAACGAAAGCUUAAUGAUUAUCUAUGCACCUCUGAAGAACUAGAGGUUGCUGAAGUUGAGGCUGGAUUUGCCCCGGUGGAAUUUCCAGUUGUCAACAUUUCAACAGGAACGUUUUCUCCGAUUGCGAGUUCAUCGAAAGCUAACCUUUCAUCACCACCAAUUCUACGUACGUCGACUGAAGGUGAUAAACCGUAA